UCUGCAGGUGUGGUCUUUUGGUGUGAGCACCAAGAGCUAUGGGUGCUUAUGUGGUGACUAAUAAGUUUGUGCUCUACUCGGACCUGAGGGCUUGGUCAGACAAUGGAGCAAGGCUGACAUAUUCUUACCUGGUAUAACCCUUUACAACCACAGAGGAGAACACCAGGUCUUAAAGACAACAGAAAGCAUUAGCAGCUCCGACCAGGCAGAAGAUGCAGCUGGUCCUACUCCUGUUGGCCUUCCUUCUGUGCUCCGGGGCUGAAGCAGAGAAAAUCAUCGGGGGCCAUGAAGCCAAGCCUCAUUCUCGUCCCUACAUGGCAUUUCUUCGGAUCCAGACUCCAGAGAAAGUGAAAAGAUGUGGAGGUUUCCUGGUGCGUCAGGACUUCGUGCUAACAGCAGCUCACUGCAAGGGAAGCUCAAUAAAUGUCACCUUGGGGGCACACAACAUCAAGAAGCAGGAGAAGACACAGCAGAUCAUUCCUGUGGCAAGACCCAUUUCCCACCCGGACUAUGAUUCUAAGAGACGUGUCAAUGACAUCAUGUUACUGCAGCUGAAGAAGAAGGCCAAGUUGACCCCUGAGGUGCGCCUUCUCCUGCUGCCCACAAGAAUGCAGGUGACACCAGGGAUGAUAUGCAGUACGGCCGGCUGGGGACGCAUUAGUAUAAACAAGACAACAGUCAAACUCCAUGAAGUAGAACUUAAAGUCCAAAAGGAUGAGCAGUGUAUUUCUCGCUACAAAAGCCGUUAUAAUUACACCACCCAAAUAUGUGUGGGGGACCCAAAUAAGAGGAAGACUUCUUAUAAGGGAGAUUCAGGAGGCCCUCUCGUGUGUAAAAAUGUGGCCCAGGGAAUUGUCUCCUAUGGAAAAAAUAAUGGAAAACCUCCACGUGUCUACACCAGGAUCUCGAGCUUUCUGGACUGGAUAAAAGAAACAAUGAGACAGUUCAAACUGCAGGGAUCAGACUGAGGUGUAACUAGGCCCUGUAGAGGGUGCUCCUCUCUCUCCUUCUCCCUCUCCUUCUUUCU